AGGAGAUUACCUAUGUACAGUUCAAAAUAAUUUAAAAAUGAGCUGCUUUUUAACUGGAACAGUCGAGGUCUUAUCUAAGAAAUUCAUUGUGGGGUUCAGAAAGCUCAAAUAACUUAGUUAAACAAUGUACUGGUAACUGUAACAGUUGUUAAACAGUUGCUUUGGGAAACAAUGUUUCCAGUUAUCUACUAGUCAGUGUCAUGACCCUGGGAAACACAUAUAUAAAUGGUCUGUCAAUAACUGUAAAUGAGCCUGCAAGUAAAUAUUUGCAUAAAACACACCUUUAGUUCAAUUUUGACAUCCACUAUCUGUUGUCAUAUGAAACACAGCAAUCCUCUCCCAUGCUUAUACAGGUAACAUUAUUUGAAUGCAAGUUAAAAUGAAACAUUUUAUUGAAACUUUUUAUUGCUAUUUAAAAAUAUUACAACAGCAGCCUUUUUUUUUAUCACAGUGAGGUACACCCAAUAUCACAUGUGACACAGGUCUCUUUCAUUCAAGCUCCUGUAUUUCACAAAUACAGUACUUGCAAAAAAGAGACCUUGGACCCAACAAACAUAGAUUUUUUCUUUCGUUAGUGUGUGCAACUGAACAAUUCAUUCAAAUCUAUUAUGGACACUACUUCAAGGUUCUGUGUUUUCUUAGAUUAUUACCAACUCUGUAUGCAUUUUUUCAAUUUAAUUGCGUCAGGCAUUGCCUUCGGCCUCAAUAUUUCCAUUUCAGUUUUUGUUGCAUUCUUCAUAGUAACAGCUUCAGUUAAAAGAGUAUUCUCAAAGAAUAUUCAAUAUUAAAUGACAGACUUUUAUAACGAAAUAUGGCAGACUUUUAUAAUGAAACAUACUGAACACACAUCUGGUAAAAAAUAAAAAAUUUGCAAUACCUGUAUCAAUAAUUUAGAUUUGCAGUAGCCCUUGGAUUAGUACAAUUGGAAUUUACCUUACAUACUCCUCAUAUGGGACAAUCGAGGUACAGUAGUAAAUUCUGAUGGGCAACUAAUAUUUGUUUUCUUCCUAACUGAAAUGAUUUUACUGCAGUAGACUCCCAGGUACCAGCAUAUAAAGCUCGCCUUUACUAAGACACUACUAUGCACUGUAAACACAACACUUUCACAUCACAACCACAUGUGGGAAAUGAUUUCGUAAAUUUAAGUUUCAGUUCUGAUCUGCAAGCCAUCGACGGACAUUUCACAGACCUUAUUUCUAUGACUGCAUUAAUGGUUAAUUAUUAUAUCAUUAAAAUGUUUGUUUUAGUGGCAGCACAUUAACAAAAUCUAAACCUACAAAUUACACAAACUACCUGUGAAGUAUUGCAGGUGCUUGUGCGGGCGGGACUGGGGCGCGAAUCCAUGGGAACCACUGAAGAGGGAUAAUUCAGACGGACAGGAAGGAGAAGUUGGAGAACAAAGCUAAACACUCCCUUUGAGAAAAAACGUGGAGUAACAUCAAUGGAAAUGGCAUAACAAGGCAAACUUAAUAGAAAAAGUACGAAUUCAUUAAAAAAAGUAUAAUUUGUACAAGAACGUUUUUUUUUUUUUUUUUCCACACGUAUAACAACAGAAAGGAAAUACACGCUUACCUGAGAGAACAGGUGCAGCGCGUAUGCCUUUCUGAAAAUUGCACAUUGAAAUGGAAUGCGAGUCGGAAAUAACCCCACAUCACCGGGAGUGGGCCUUAUGCUGAACAUUUUAUUAAAUUAAAAUUGCCAUGGCAGAUGAGAUAUUUUGUAAAGUUGUCAACGUAAUUUUGAGGUGUAAAGAUUGCGAAGACAGGAGAGCGAGCAUUAGAUUAACAGUUGAAACUCGGAGUGCAUCAAACCCAGUCCACAAAAAGGAUUUGAUCGUCCGUCUAACUGAUGACACUGAUCCUUUCUUUCUAUAUAACCUCACGAUCAGUGAAGAAGAUUUCCAGAGCCUAAAAUGCCAGCAAGGAUUGUUAGUAGAAUUUUCAUCAUUCGCUCAACGAUUUAUAGACCUUUUAGAACAGUGCAUCUUGGAGCAAACAAAAGAAGUGCCAAGGUUUUUACUGCAAUUGGAAGCAUCAUCUUCAGUUCUAGACAGAUUGCCGGCUGGUUUGAAUGUAAUAGAAACAAACCCAUUCAAACACCUUACUCACCUUUCGCUGAAGCUGCUCCCAGGAAACGACAGUGAUGUGAAGAAGUAUUUAGCAAUCUGUCUCAAAAGCUUAAAGACAGAAAAAAAUAUGCUGGAGGAAAAGCUUCACAGAACUGAAGAUGACCUAUCUAAACGAUUAAGUAUAACGCAGCAGACUUUGGCUGAGAAAACUAAAGAAUUAGACAGGUUGCGGAAUGAAUGGUCAUCUCGCACCUCCUUGCUGACAAACCGGCACACUCAGGAUGUUACAGCUGAGAGAGAGAAAUCUCUGCAGAUUCAGUCCCAGUGCCAGAUAAAGUAUGAACAACAACAAAGGGAGAUGGAGGUGACACACAGCAGAGCAGUGCAGCACUUAGAAAGCAGAGUAGUAGAACUGGAAUCCACCAACAAAGAGCUCACAGAGAGAAAGUACAAAUCAGACUCUGCAAUUCGAGAGCUGAAGGCUAAGCUGACAGGCCUGGAAGAGGACUAUCAUCGAUAUAAACAAGAAGUAAUUUCCUUGGGAAGAGAGAAUUCUACCCUAGAUUCAGAGUGUCAUGAAAAAGAGAAGCUACUGAGUCAGCUAAGGACAAGGACAGCUGUCUUGGAGCAGGAAGUAAAAGAUAAGGAGCAAGUUGUCACAAGGACAACAGUUACAUUUGAAACUGCAAAGGAGCAUAAGAAAAAGUUGGAAGAAAGUGUGGAACACAAACAGUUACUAAUUGGAAAAUUUGAAGCCACUGUGAAAUCUCUGUCAGAGGAGCUUUUAAAGGCCAAUGAAAUUAUAAAAAAGUUGCAGGGGGAUAUGAAGAAACUAAUGGAAAAAAUGAAACUAAAAAAUGCUGUUACUAUGCAACAAGAGAAACUUCUUACUGAAAAGGAGCAAGUGCUUCAAAAAGAAACAUUGGAGCUGGACAACUUGAAACAUGCAUUAAAACAAAAGGAAGAUGAGGCCUCAAAGCUGCAAGAACAACUUGAUAGCACAGCAGAAAAAUUGGAUGAAAGUAAACAGUUGCUUAAGACAAAUGAAAAUGUGAUAUCUUGGUUGAAUAAACAACUAAAUGAAAAUAAGAUAGCUUCAGUGCAAGAAACAGCUGGGUUCUGUGAUUCUGCCAUGCCUGGUAGCACCUCAUCAAAGCCUUCGGUGAUGCAGAACAGUCUGCAACAGCCCCCAGCUCUCUACAGCACUCAUUUCUCUGUCUCCCCGAUGCCCCAGCAAGCCCCUUCUGCCCAGCCUUCAGAUAACUAUUCUAAGAUCUUUGCUUCUUCAGCUGGAAUGCAUCCAGCAUCUUUUGGCCCCAGUAUGAUUAGACACAGACCCCAGGUGCAUUUCAGCCCCCUUUCAAUGAAUAGCGCAACCCCUAGUGCAUUUGAACAGAGACCAGGUCCAUCAACUUCCAGUCCUAUGAUACCGCAUGCCUCAAAUAAAAAUGAUGCUCCUGGAUUAGACAUGAAGUACUUGCAAAAGAGCAUUCCGCUCAAAGCACAGAAGGGCCACAAUCCCUAUAAUGCAGUGCCAACUAGAGCGCUGUUAUCGAAUCGGGUAAAACCACAAACAUUAUCAGCCUAUUUUCCAGGGCAGCAGCCAAAACUCCCAGCAUCGUGAACAUGAAAUGGAGAAGUCAAAAGAAGAAAAAAAACCUGCUGAAAAGUACUUCCCAUGGAAUUAAUUCAGCUUCUGCUUCAAAGUGAACUAAUACAGGUGCUCAUUGAAACUGCCAGAUUUCAAUCUUAUUUUUAUUAUCACUCCUGGGAUGUAACUUUUAUGUGUAUUUUUUGUAUAAAGUCUUCAAUGCUUGUACCAAAGAACUGUAUUUGUGUAAUUCAUUAAUUCUAGCACCUGUGGGUAUAAUUGUCUGUGUUGAGCAGACACUGAAAAAAAAUGCUUAUUUUUCAAUGUGUUAUCCUUUUUAAUAUAGGUGGGUCUAUUUUAAUGUAGUGGAUAUUCUAAUACAAGCCCUCUACGCUUAACACAAUCUGAAAUACUGCAUUACUAAUGUAUGAGAGGGACUGAAGUAAAAAAAUAAAUAUUAUAAAAUCCUUGAAUUUUAAGAAUAAACAUAUGCCUAUACCAAAAAACUUGUAAAUCCGUAGAUUUGAAAAUGCUCCAUAAGUAAUUAUGAAUGUAUUUUAAAAUUCAGUUUGACUCAAGUGUAUCUGUUUAUGUUAUUUCAGUAUUAUGGAUUUCUUUGUUUUCUGUCUAUCGAUCUAUCUAUCACACAUUUAAAGUGGUUCCCUGUAAUCUUCUGGAUUGUGACUACUCUCCAUGCUUUGUCAUAUAUUGGUUUUACAACCUUUCUAUUUAUUUUAUAUAUUGACUAAUGCUUUGCUAAAACUAACCUUUACUGUGCCUUAAGGUAUUUUGACUUCUUAUUGGAGAUAAGCCAGGGGAAAAAAAAUGUAUCGUACUGUGUAUUUUAUAUUUUAAUAUUUGUGGUUCACACAUAU